UAAUUUUUAGGUUAAAUGUUCACUUGUUCAGUUUUACUAUUUGCGAUAUCAGCCGGCAAAUAGUUAAACAUCAUGAAAUCUAUGUUAAGAGUUAUUUUAUCCAAAAAUGUUUCAUUUUCACGUAUUAACAUUAUUCGAUUCGCGUCAAAUGAUACCCAAAAACAAGAGCAAGAUCAAAAAGCUGAAGAAAUUGUUAAAAAUAUAACAAUUGAGAAAUAUGGAGGUAUCACCACAUUGAACAUAGACCGUCAGAAGUCUAGAAACAGUCUGGAUGAAGCCACACUGCGUGAAAUGACAGCUGCAAUAAAUGCCUUUGAUAAGGAUGCUGAGGCCAAGGUGCUGGUGUUUAAUGGAGAAGGUGGGACAUUUUGCUCUGGGUUUGACCUGGAUGAUAUGGGAGCAAAAGGUUAUAAUACACUACGGGAUGCAGCUUCUCGGCUACUUCGACGGCCACUAUGUGAUAAGCCCACUAUAGCUGCAGUAACUGGAUAUGCAGUGGCGGAAGGAUUUGAACUAUCAUUAGCUUGUGAUUUACGUAUAAUUGAGGAUACUGCGGUUGUCGGUUGUUUAGGCAGAAGGUUUGGGGUGCCACAAAGUAUAUACGGUGCGCGACGUUUGACAAGUCUGAUAGGGCUGUCACGUGCACUAGAUCUGUUGAUGACAGGUCGGUUGAUCACAGGCACGGAAGCACAUGCUAUGGGGCUGUCUUGCAAACUGACUUCUACAGGAACUGCACUCGGUGAGGCGGUAAAAUUAGCCAAAUCUUUAGUGAAGUUCCCACAAAAUGCGUUAAUAAUGGACAAACUGGCAGCGGUGAAUUCCCAACUGAACCCCAAUAGUGAGGAGAGUAUGAGGGAAGAGGCGAUCAUCGCCAGCCUGCUCGGAGGUGCCAUACAAGAUAUGGAUGAAGGUGUCAAGAAGUUCCAGACAGGUAUUGGUAAACACGGCAAGUUCUACAGAUUAACAGAAGUGCCACUAAAAGAUUGGGAAUUGGAAGAGACUUAUGAAGAAGUGACUGUACAAACUGAUAAAGAGGAAAAGAAACCUUAAGGCUAUUAGAAUAAGCUUGUUUUUCAACUGUAGUUAAUAAAUUUCUAGUCACAGACUUCAAACUGAAUUUAGUGAAUAUUAGCUUCUUUUACCUGAUCGUCAAUAACCUUGAUUUCGUUGGAUGGUGUUAAUUCUAGUAUAUAAGAGAAUUAAGCAUAUGCUUAAGCCUGCUUACAGAUUCUUCUGACAGUUUUAAAUAAAAAUUUAAUUGUUCAAUUAAAACUGCUUGUUGGCAAACUGAACGGUUCGGCUGUCAAUUAAUGUUUUACCUACUCAUUCAGUUUUAUUGAACACUUCAAUUAUAACUGUCACAAUUGAUUUAUGAUUUAGUGUUUGUGUUUUGUUUAAAAAAGAUAUAAGUGAGGUUAUCAUAAAUAAAUGUUUUUAAAUAUAGUUGUUGAAUUUUGCAGAAUAAUUGUCUUUAUUUCCCAUUUUUUUUUUAAAUAAGUUUGCUUGUGUACGUAAAAAUAUGCUGAAAUGUAACUUUUCCUAUAUUUCUUGUAU